AUGGAUAGGGCAGAGACUCGGCAGCGGAGGCUGGAAGGCUUUUGUAGGCCAGAGGAUCUGGAGCUGCCCCAAACCCUCAGCCCAAGAAGACCCACUGCAGUCUCAGAAGAUGGACCUUGGAGUGUUCCUGAGAGCCAACAGGUGGCUACCAAACAACUUGGGACUGAGCCCAGCAGGGAGACUACCUUGUCCAUUGGUGUUCAGGUGACACUGCCCUUCAUGUUUGCAGGCCUGGGGCUGUCUAUGGCUGGUGUGCUUUUGAACUAUUUUCAGCACUGGCCUGUGUUUGUGGAGGUGAAAGAACUUCUGACGUUGGUGCCACCCCUGGUAGGCCUGAAGGGGAACCUGGAGAUGACACUGGCCUCACGACUGUCCACAGCUGCCAACACUGGACAAAUUGAUGACCCCCAAGAGCAGCACAGAGUCAUCAGCAGUAACCUUGCCCUCGUUCAGGUGCAGGCCACUGUUGUGGGGCUUCUGGCUGCUUUAGCUGCCCUGCUUCUGGGAGCUGUGUCCAGGGAGGAGUUGGACUUAGCAAAGAUGGGGCUGCUCUGUGCCAGCAGUGUCCUCACCGCCUUCUUCGCUGCCUUGGCUUUAGGAAUGCUGAUGGUCUGUAUAGUGAUUGGGGCUCGGAAGCUCAGAGUCAACCCAGACAACAUUGCCACACCCAUCGCAGCCAGCCUAGGAGACCUCAUCACAUUGUCCAUUCUGGCUUUGGUUAGCAGCUUCUUCUAUAAACACAAAGACAGCUGGUACCUGACACCACUGGUCUGCGUGGCCUUUCUCACUCUUACCCCAGUGUGGGGCAUCAUAGUCAAGCAGAGCCCACCUAUCAUGAAGAUCCUCAAGUUUGGAUGGUUCCCUAUCAUCCUAGCAAUGGUUGUCAGCAGUUUCGGAGGGCUCAUCCUGAGCAAAACCAUCUCUGAACCUCAGUACCAAGGCAUGGCUGUCUUCACCCCCAUCAUAUGUGGUGUUGGAGGCAAUCUAGUGGCCAUUCAGACCAGCCGGAUCUCUACCUACCUGCAUAUUUGGAGCACACCUGGGGUCCUGCCCCUCUGGAUGAAAAGAUUCUGGCCUAAUCCUUGCUCUACUUUCUGCUCCUCAGAAAUCAAUUCCAUGUCUGCCAGAGUCCUGCUCUUCCUGGUGAUUCCAGGCCAUCUGAUUUUCUUCUUAGUUGUCUACCUGGUAGAAGGUCACUCAGUCACAAGCAGCAAGACCUUUGUGGUGCUGUAUCUGCUGGCAGGCCUGAUCCAGGUGACAAUCCUGCUGUACCUGGCAGACGUGAUGGUACGUCUGACUUGGCACCAAGGCCUGGAUCCUGACAGCCACUGUAUCCCCUACCUUACAGGGCUGGGAGAUCUCCUGGGGACUGGUUUAUUGGCACUCUGUUUCCUUCUCGACUGGCUGUUAAGGAGCAAAGCAGAGCUUGAUGGCCUUUCAGAACUUGUAUCUGGACCUCCCUAA